AUUGGUCGCGUGUAAAAUAUGUCUAACGGAGUGUGGUGUGUUGUACGUGUGUAUUUUGCAUAUGAGACAGGUUAUGUAUAUGUAUAGAUAUUGUGUAACGACUGUACAACGGACCUCGUUGACGUUAUUCUCCAUACACAAGCCGAAAUGGAGGGAUUGGAUCAGCUAGCUCAUGAAAGAGAAAGGACUCUGUUCGAUGUUGAUGCGAUGAAGAUCGUUUGGGCCGGUUCUCGCCACGCCUUCCAACUCUCCGAUCGCAUUUCCAAACUUGUUGCUGCCGAUCCGGCAUUCCAAAAGGAUAGCAGACCUAUGCUUAGUAGAAAGGAGUUGUUUAAGAACACUCUCAGAAAAGCAACAUAUGCAUGGAAACGGAUCAUUGAGCUUCGUCUUUCUGAAGAGGAAGCAUCCAAAUUAAGAUUUUAUGUUGACGAACCUGCUUUUACAGAUCUUCAUUGGGGAAUGUUUGUACCUGUUAUAAAAGGACAAGGAACUGAGGAACAGCAACAGAAAUGGUUGCCAUUGGCAUACAAGAUGCAAAUAAUUGGCUGUUAUGCUCAAACUGAACUUGGUCAUGGCUCCAACGUUCAAGGGCUUGAAACCACUGCAACAUUUGACCCUAAAACGGAUGAAUUUAUCAUUCAUAGUCCUACACUAACUUCAAGCAAGUGGUGGCCUGGUGGACUGGGUAAAGUUUCCACACAUGCUGUUGUAUUUGCGCGUCUUAUAACAGAUGGUCAGGACCAUGGAGUGCAUGGUUUCAUUGUCCAAUUACGGAGCUUAGAUGAUCACUCACCCCUUCCUGGCAUAACUGUUGGUGAUAUUGGGAUGAAAUUUGGAAAUGGGGCAUACAACACUAUGGACAAUGGGGUAUUAAGAUUUGAUCAUGUGAGAAUCCCAAGGAAUCAAAUGUUGAUGAGGGUUUCACAGGUUUCAAGAGAAGGAAAAUAUUUGCAGUCCAAUGUUCCCCGGCAACUACUUUAUGGGACAAUGGUCUUUGUGAGACAAGCAAUUGUAGCUGAUGCUUCCAGUGCUUUAUCACGGGCUGUUUGUAUUGCUACAAGGUACAGUGCUGUUCGUAGACAAUUUGGCUUGCAGGAAAAUGGUCUUGAGACCCAGGUAAUUGAUUACAAAACUCAGCAAAGUAGGCUCUUUCCUUUGCUGGCUUCAGCUUAUGCUUUCAGAUUUGUUAGCGAGUGGCUAAAAUGGUUAUAUACGGAUGUGACCCAAAGAUCGCAAGCCAAUGAUUUCUCGACACUGCCAGAGGCUCAUGCAUGCACUGCAGGGUUGAAGUCUUUAACUACUACUGCCACUGCUGAUGGGAUUGAAGAAUGCCGUAAAUUAUGUGGUGGCCAUGGUUACCUUUGUAGCAGUGGGCUUCCUGAAUUAUUUGCAGUUUAUGUUCCAGCCUGUACAUACGAAGGAGACAACAUUGUGCUACUUCUACAGGCUGCAAGGUUUCUUAUGAAGACUGUUACUCAGCUGGGAUCUGGAAAAAAACCUGUUGGGACAACGGCUUAUAUGGGGCGAACGGAACUCUUGGUUCAAUGUCAUUGCAAUGUCCAAAGGGCUGAAGAUUGGUUAAAGCCUAGUGUAAUAUUGGAAGCAUUUGAAGCAAGGUCGGCUAGAAUGUCUGUUGCCUGUGCUCAAAAACUAAGCAAAUUUACAAAUUAUGAAGAAGGAUUUGCAGAACUCUCAGCUGAUCUGGUUGGGGCAGCAGUUGCUCAUUGCCAAUUAAUCGUUGUUUCCAAGUUCAUUGAAAAAUUGCAACAAGAUAUUACUGGAAAAGGGGUCAAACAACAGUUAGAGAACCUCUGCAACAUCUAUGCUCUAUUCCUUCUUCACAAGCAUCAGGGUGAUUUCCUCUCCACUGGCUAUGUCACUCCUAAGCAAGCUUCUCUUGCAAACGAUCAGCUCAGAUCCUUGUAUUCCCAGGUUCGUCCAAACGCCAUUGCACUUGUUGAUGCCUUUAACUACACCGACCACUUCCUCGGUUCCAUUCUUGGCCGUUAUGAUGGAAACGUCUACCCAAACCUAUACGAGGCAGCAUGGAAGGAUCCUCUGAAUGACACAGUUGUGCCGGAUGGCUACCGUGAAUAUAUUAAGCCUAUGCUGAAGCAACAGCUCCGUAUUGCCCGACUCUGAAUAAUUAAAGCUAUAUAUGUAUUGUUUCCAUAAUUCUGGAAAUGCAUUUGUAAUGCUAAUAAAGUUACCUGGAUGAGGUGAUCUCUGUAGAGGAAACAUUAGUAGGUAUUAUGUGAGCACAAUUUUGUGUAACAGUAGAGACUUGUUUCCCGCUAUAAAUAACUGUUGAUAGACAAAGUUGUCAUCAACUAUGCAGUUAUUUUCGUGUAAAAUUAGUUGCUAGACAAGUUAUACCUGUUACCAGACACACUCUGAAAAAAUAUAAAGAAAUAAAAUCACAGAUGAUUUUGAUAA